CCUAUAUCUCUUGUCGCCGUUAAAUCUCCGUAUUGUUACUGUACAACUACCAGGAGGAUUGGAUUCUUAUUCUCGCGAGUAUUAAGGAGAAUUGGAAUGCAGGCCGAUUACUGUCCUAUGUUAUAGUCGAAGCUCACCAACACAAAAACCUCCAGCUAUCAUGGCGCCUAGCUUGCCCUUCAGGGAUAUAAAUGUCCACGCCUCGGCGUCGCAUUAUGCCUUCACGUCGCCCUCUUCGCCCUCGGCAGCGACUUUAGUAGUGGAUCGCCCGACUGGUGAUAUUAGGUUGAAUGAUGGGAAGCUCUUGGGCGGAAAGCGUGUCUCGAGCAUUGCUGGUAUCCUGGGCAUGAUCAGGUUGCGAUUGGACAAAUACAUCAUUGUUAUCACAAAGGCGCAGCCCAUGGGCCGACUGAAGGGGCACAUGGUGUACAAAGUUAUUGCGACCGAAUUUCUCCCGUUGCGCGAACGACCCCUCCACGACAAUGACGAAGAUAUCUACCUCACACUCCUCAAGGGCUUCAUCAAGUCGGGGCCAAUGUACUUUUCAUACUCGUCCGACUUGACCAACAGCUUCCAACGCCAGGCCCAGAUCGACCAGAGCCAGCCAUUGUGGAAGCGGGCAGACGACCGCUUUUUCUGGAACAGGUUCAUUCAGUCGGAUCUGAUCGCCUUCCGCUCCUCGGGAAGCAGGCAACAGAUUGGCCAACAGCCGGGAGCCGACCCAUUCAUCCUGCCCGUCAUAUUUGGCAUGCUUGAGAUAUCACCUACUACAGUCAAGGGGAUGCCAUUAACAAUCGCCCUGAUCACCCGCAGAUCGAGACACCGCGCUGGGACAAGAUACUUUUCAAGAGGAAUUGACGAAUCGGGACAUGUGUCGAAUUUCAACGAGACGGAGCAGAUCGUUAUAAUCAAUGAAAGCGGGGCAGGGCUGGGUGGCUUUGCCAGUGGUGGUGGCAUGCAAAAUGGCAAAGUAGGGGGCUCCGACGGCCGAGAGGUUCAAGUGAUGUCUUACGUUCAAACUCGUGGCAGUAUCCCCGUAUACUGGGCGGAGGUCAACACGCUGAGUUACACACCAAAGCUCCAAGUCAGAGGCGUCGAAUCGGCUGUAGGCGCAGCAAAGGCGCAUUUCGAUGAGCAAAUCCGACUCUAUGGGGACAACUACUUAGUCAACUUGGUCAACCAGAAAGGUCGCGAGAAGCGCAUGAAGGAGGCUUACGAGCAAGUUGUAAAGCUCCUCCUCUCGUCACCCAAGGAGUCCCAGCAAGCCGACGAAAAGACGGACGAGAAGCUCCACUUCGUCGAAUCGCGGUCAAGGAGCCAAGAAUUCGACCGCCUCCACUACGUCUACUUCGACUUCCACAACGAGACCAAGGGCCUCCAAUGGCACCGUGCCCAGCUGCUCCUCGACCAGCUCGAAGGCACCCUCCAGCGACAAGCCUACUUUCGCGCCACCGACAUGCCCGCCGACACCACCGGCCGCCUCGACGUGCGCAGCCUACAGACCAGCAUCAUCCGCACAAACUGCAUGGACUGUCUCGACCGCACCAACGUCGUGCAAUCCAUGCUCGCGCGCCACACACUAAACCGCAUGCUGCGCGACCUCGGCGUGCUCCCCCGCGACGAGACCUUCAACUCGGACUCGGCAUUCGAGUCGCUCUUCCGCAACAUCUGGGCCGACAACGCCGAUGUGGUGUCUAAGUCGUACUCUGGUACCGGGGCGCUGAAGACGGACUUCACGCGCACGGGGAACCGCACCAAGGCUGGCGCGCUGCAGGAUCUGUCGAACUCGAUCACGCGGUAUGCGAAGAAUAAUUUCCUCGAUGGGCCGAAGCAGGACUCGUUUGAUCUGUUCUUGGGCGUGCAUCUGCCUGCUACGGGGAAUAUUGGGAAUACCUCCGUGUUUGUGGAUAGGCGGCCUGUGCUCAUCCAGGCUGUGCCGUACGUCCUCGCUUUUGCGGUGUUCUUCGUGCUGCUUGGUAUCUUCACCAUACGGUUACCCGAGAGCGCGGUGCUGCCGCUGAGGCUGUUUACGAUCUUCUGGUUCAUUGUGGGUGGGCUGAGCGCAUCGUUCAUUUUCAAGAAUGGCAUGCUUUAUGUCAACUGGCCCAAACUCAUCCCCCGCCCAUGGGCUACAGAGGGCUACAACGAGACCCUCAACAAGCUGCGCAAAGACAAGGUUCUCGGCGGGCUCGUAGCGCGACACGAGAGGGGCAUGAGCACAGCUCGCUUCCUGAGCGCCGAGGAAGGGAAGAAGAGGAUCGAAUGAGCGAAUCGUUUUAUUGCUGUUGUUGUAAAGCGAAAGCGACAUAGCCUAGAAAAUGUAGAGAUAAAGCGAGGAGACAGACGCUGAGCAAGACAGAAAGCUAGAAUGGUACUAUUAGCACACCUUAUAUGUGGAUGGAUGGGGGCGGAUGUUGGCCAGACCCACGGAACACGCAUACCCCUCACCAGCGAUGCACAAUAAUGUUUUUCUUCAUCUCAUAAUCUCACAUUACCAUUACUAUUAAAAUACAUACAUACAAUCGUUAAAACCAC